AUGCUUAAAACAUCUGUUGAAGAACUCUGGUGUCUAGAACUUGAACAAUUACAUAAUCAGAAAUCAAUAUCACCAUGUUUAUCAAACAUUAGAUUUGAUUUACAAGUUCCAUCUAUUUAUACUUGUCGAGCAGUAUUACCGAUAGCUAGUGAAACACUAUGUUCGAAAAAUGAUAUUUAUUCUAGUGUUAAUUCACCAAUCAUUUAUCAACCAAGUCUAACAGCUAGUACUCAUGAAACUAUAUCAAACAAAAUGGGAAUCAAAACUAAAAUGUUUCAAUCAAUAUUUGAGAAACCAAAGCCCAUAAACACACAUCUUGCAGUAGGUAAAAAACACAAACGAUAUGGAUUCUAUGACGAUUCUAUGAAAUUUUGGCCAAAAAAAGGAUUACUGCAUCUAAAAUUUCGAUGUUCACAACACACGCAUUGA